ACUCUCAAAAUUCCACUAUCCCCAUCCCAUCACCAUCUCCCUAUAUAAAUAAUUCACAUCAUACCUCAUCUUCUCCCUCCUCAUCUUCACUAUCCUUUCACUUUCUCUCUCUUACUUCUCCCUCUUUCUCUCUCUACAAAAUCACCACCCUACACACACAUGGGCUUUCCGGCGGGCUAUACGGAGGUCCUCCUCCCCAAGCUCCUCCUCACAACACUCUCGUUCCUCGGCUUCCUCCGCAACCUCAUCCUCUCCUUCCUCCGCCUCAUGGGCCUCUCCUCCCUCGUCGAGCCCGCCAACGACUUCGACCAGCCCGAGCCCGGCCCGGUCCAGCCUAUCUCCUCCGCCGGCGCCCUCAUCCGGGAGAUGCUCCCCGCCGUCACCUACGCCGAGGUCCUCUCCGCCGCCGGGCCCGACGAGCCCGGCCCGUCGGAGAGCUGCGCGGUGUGCCUGUACGAGUUCGAGGAGGAGGACGAGAUCCGACGGAUGAGGAAUUGCCGGCAUAUGUUCCACCGGUGCUGCGUGGACCGUUGGAUCGAUCACGAUCGGAAGACGUGUCCGCUUUGUAGGAUGCCAUUUGUCCCUGAUGAAUUACAAGAAGACUUUAACGAGAAACUCUGGGCUGCUUCUGGCAUUCCUGAUUUUUACUCUGAAUAUUCUCCUAUCACUAAUUUCUUGUAGUUUUGAUAGUUGGUAAGAAAAAGAAAAAAAAUGAGAGUAAAUAGCACUUUCUUUCUUCUAUUGGCUUAUUAAUUUUUGGGCCGAAUUUUUAGAUUAGUUUAUUUUUUCUUAAAUCAUAGGUCUCGGGUUGUGGAUCCGAGACCUAUCGAGCUAAGUUAGUUGAUAUCCGCAUCAGAGACUUGAGCUGAGUUCAGUCCUAUGAGAUAUGUACAUAUUACUGAAUACUUACAAUGGAAAGGAAGAAAAAAAAUGGAAAUAAUUUCAUGUAAUCUUGUAUGAGUUAGUUUUUGUUGUUUUUUACUCCGUACCAUUUAAUUGUGAAAUUUUUAGAGGGUAAUGAUUGUCAAUUUGAGAAAGGUAAUUGGGUGAAAA